CAAAAACGAUCGGUCUACUAUAAGUCGUAUCAUACAUACAUGCUGGACUACUCUUGUUGAGUUGCCCCUGACCCGUAACCCGCUCACUACUUAAACAUGCAGCGAGCGAGAAUCUGUGCUUAAUUCUUUCUUCUUUACUUUCCCUUCAUUUCAUUAUAUGCCUCUAGGCUCCCAGCAGUAAUAGCACUAUGACCAAGAAACGUAUUCUUCACUGCGAGUUUUGCUUCAAAACAUUCACACGUCCAAGCGCUUUACGGCCACACCGAUACACACACACGGGUGAAAAGCCGUUCGCAUGCCAUGUUCCAGGUUGUGGUCGACGCUUUACCGUCAUUAGUAACCUACGUCGGCACUACAAAGUUCACGAAAGGC